UCGACGAUGAAGAAGCUGGCGGUGGCCGAGGAAGACGAAGGUCGAGUGAUCAGUCAAGAUGACGAAGGCUGUCGACCCAUUAUCAAGAAGAGGCGAGUGCAAUUCUCUGCCUCGGUCCGAAGAUUUUGCUGAGGAAGAUACUGAGGGUUGGAAGAAGUUGGACUACUUACUUUGCGUAGGGGAACGCUACGAGGAGCGAGAAGGGCUAAUGAGAGAGAAGGGGUUGAAACAGAAUACCGUGUCCCGCCAGAUAAUCGUCGACUCCAGGACUGAUGCUGCUGCUAAUGAGAAGCAGGAAAAUUUGAAGGGAGGGCCAAAAUCGAAACAGCCAGACAGGGAGAUCCCUCAGGACGUCAAGAACAAGAUUAUUAAGGGCCUGCGAGGGAACGAGAUUCUCUUUGUGUGCGAGAAGCCGCUCACCAAGAGCGAUUGUAACAAGAAUGAACACCGUCUCAUGAUGACCGAAAAAAUGAUCAGCUGGUCGCCCUCGUUCUUGAGUGAUGACGAGAAAGAACUCCUCAAGACUCGCGAUGAGAAGAAUAAAUUGAACGAGAUACCGAUCGAACUGCUGGAGCCCACUCUCAACACUUGCAAACUGGCACUUAGGAGGUGGGAGAUGAAGAAGCCUGGGAGGUCCUCCUCCGUCGCGUUCGUGCUCGCGGGCGGGUGGUAUGAUGUGGUGGCCAGGAAUGGCCUCAAAGUGGGGGAUCGUGUCGAGGUGUGGUCGUUUCGGCGCGGGUCGCAGCUCUGUCUUGCUCUGAUCACAAAGCGUAAUUAAGGAAGAAGAUCACAAAGCGCCUAGUUAAUUAUUGGGGUUUUUGCUGGCUUCUUUAGGUUAUUUCCUUGUGUGAAUAUUACUCGCUGGUUGUUUUAGUUCAAUCAAGAUCGUUAAUUUCUGCCACUUUUCUACAACUUUUGUUUCCCUAAUCAGCAACUUGUCUAAAUUGUGUAUUCUAAUUAUAUCUUCC